UCCACCAGUGCACAGACAGAUUUCAUAGAUUCUAAUGAGGUAGAAUGAGUCUGAUGACGUUUUAAGGAUUUUAAUGUGGAAAUUAUACUUUUUGUUGCAGACAGAACAUCAGUGUGGACGAGCUAGCUUGCUCUGGCUGGCUAAGGAGCUUUUAAAAGAGGCUGCUGACGUUUAUUUUAUUUUAUAUUUGAUUCAUGAGUUAAUUAUGGAAGCCCAUUUCUGCCAAUGUGAUGGGGAAAAAAGGAUUACUCAUCAUAGUAACGGGAUAGUAGUUUCUCAUUGAGCUUCCAUAGUGAACAAAUGACCAAUAAAUGAGGGAAGUUCGCCCAGACUGUUGUACUUUCUGUGAGAUUGUCUAAUUAAUUAUUUGUGUGUUUUAUAGUAACGUCUGUAAUAAUUACUGUAUAUUAAUCGAUUAUUUUACAUUAAACGUGCAGGAUUUGUUGAAUAUUGAGUGGUUAUUGAUUAAUUGGAGGUGAUGAUUGGUUACGUAUUGAUGACAUUCUGUGUGAAACAAAAAACGUGAUGUUCUUGCACAAGUGUGACUGUUGGACCUCGAACUUUGAACCUCUGGCCACGUUACAAUUCAAUCUAAAAAACAAAAGAAACGUACUGAAGCAGGAGAACAGCGUGAAUAUAUGGAAAUAUCAUUUCUGUAAAAGAAUAAAUUAAAGUAAUACUUAUAUAAAAUAAUAUAUAGUAAGAGUUUUUACUGUCUUCUUACUGUUAAAUUAUUAUAAUUAUGGCGCCAUAUUCAGAUUUGCUUUAGAGUCAGUUUAAUGUAUCAUCCUGCAGCUGAAUAAUUUGCUCAGUCUUCCUCCUUAAAGAGUCCUGAACUCUGGCACAUUAACGAGCAUCACCUGUGAGGUAACCCGGGGGGGGGCGGUCCCAUAAAGAACUGCUAAAGGAAGGUGUGCAGACGGGUAUAAAGUCCACCAGAGAGCUCGUUCAGGUGUCUCUGUUCCCUCGGGGAGGAAGGUGCGUCGACCUCUGCUCAAAGAUUCUUUUCAUUUAAACACUCGUACAAGACAACAGGACCACUGAAUGACUCUUUUAAAAUGUGUAUACUCUUAGUUUAUACACAUUUUAAAAUAAUGAAGUCAUUAUUUAUUGUGGUGUGACUAUAAUAUUAUGAAAUUUAUUAGUAAUUAGUUACACUACUAGUUACUGGGAAAGUAAUAUCAACUCCUCUGCACUUGUCCCCGACACUGGCUCCAGUUUCUGGGCACCAAAACCGGGUCACUGGGUUCGACCCCCGAACUGAAAAUAUCUUCCAGCUUCUGGAAACCUCGACUCUGCUUCCUCUUUACAGAUUAGGAAUCUUUUGUUUUUACUCUCAUCGUCUCUGACAGCAGGCGUAAAAAGACGAUCAUUAACUUUCACAUGUUGGACUUGAACGCAACGCGACCGUAGAGGCCCCCCGGCUGCUGCUGGAUAUUAACCGCAGUGUCAGGCUGACCCGGGUCAACACACAGAGUACAGUCUGUGUGAUGAAUCUGAUCAGAUUCCCACUGAGACAGUUAUCGGCCAUGUCUCAGACUGUCCCUCCGAUCCUCUCCGUUGUCCCCACUCGGGCUCUGGUCGAUGAGAAGUUCAAGGUCGUGGUGGAGAAUCUGCCUCCAGGAUGUCCAGUAACGCUCCACUCCCUCCACCACUCGGAGGACAAAGACUACUGGGAGGCGUACGGACACUACAUCAGCGAUCACACAGGAACCGUGUCUGUUGCGGAGGAUUUGAGUUUCGGGGGCACGUACACAGGAAGAGAAGCCAUGGGUUUGUUGUGGAGCAUGCGUCCCGUCCCCGGCAGCCGCAAAGGCCUCAGGUUGAGGAAGAUGAACGUCUGCAGUCCCAUGCUGGUCAACAUCUCGGCCUACAGUGGACACGUGGCCGAGGGCUUCAGGGAGCGCGCUCCUCUGGCGUCAGUGCUCACGGAGAGAUGGUACAUGGCUCCGGGGGUGCGGAGGGUCGAUAUCAGAGAGAACGGAGUGCGAGGGACCCUCUUCAUACCUCCAGGUCCGGGUCCGUUCCCGGGGGUGUUGGAUAUGUGGGGGGGCGGCGGAGGGCUGUUAGAGUACCGUUCGUCCUUGCUGGCGUCCCACGGUUACGUGUCUUUAGCGCUGGAGUAUUUCUCCCCCGGUGAGCUGGAGUCUGCAGAUCUAGAGUUCAACUAUUUUGAGACGGCGUUUGAUAUCGUCAAGGACCAUCCUCAAGUGGUCCCGGACAAAGUGGGAAUAUUCGGUCUUUCCCUCGGCUCCAUUGUGACCAUGUGUUUGGCCUCCGAGAGCACCGUUAUCAAGCCUCGUUGUUGUGUUUGUAUCAGUGGCAACCACUUCCACGAGCGCGGGCAGACCCUGAGAGGAAUCCUUCAAACGAUGGGCAGGAAUUCUCACAUGGCGCGCGUGGACGAGAACAACCAUCACAUAUGGCGAUAUAUUGGUCUAGAGGUUAUGAAGGACCCCUCAAAGAAACUGGACGUGGGAAAAAUAAACUGUCCAAUGCUGUUGGUCAACGGUUGUGAUGAUCAGAACUGGCCCGCAGUGGAGUCUGCUGAAGAUAUAGCCCAGAUGAUGCGAGCAGCAGGGAAGGAGCACCUGCUGACCAGACUGGAAUACCCCGACACCGGACAUCUGAUUGAGCCGCCCUUCUCUCCUCACUUCAGGGCCACUAAGUUUAUAACACAAAUCACGAAAGAGAAAGAACUUCCACCGGGUGGCGCUGUUACCACGUUCCAAGGGUUUUCACUGAGCUGGUCCCAAUGGCCUCGUUAAAACUCCACGUAACUGACAGACUGAUUUAUGACUGAUUCAAUCUCAAGAGAUUUUUUUUUUGGAAAAGUGUCAUAAAAUCCGACAUUUUAGGUUUCAACAAUCCGAGAGAACGCCUGAUGGAAGUUCUGGAAGGACGGAUAUUAUUUAUCUGUUUAAAUCCUCCAGCUGUGUUAAAAGUUUUGGUAUUCAGUGUAACAGAAUCUUCUCUUAAUUAUAAGCACUGUUAUUAUUUAUUUAUAACUCUUUUCAAAAGUACUGCCAACAGUAAUUAGUUACACUACUAGUUAUAUUACUUUCCCCCACGAAAUUGGUAAUUGUGUCCCCAAAAUCUAGUUUUGUUUGUUGAAAUCAAAGUAAUGUGAAUAUUUCCAGCUGUUAAAGGAGAGUUUCCUCCAAGGAUGUGAUUGAUUGGGUGACAACUGAAUAAAGGUUGUAAGCAGCAAUGUAUCUGUGUAUUAUUAAUAUAAU